GACUUCCUGAAGUCCGAUACAGGUGUGACUGCAGAACAAAAAGGCCUUUGAAGAGAAGCCCAGGACAAAUAGAAGUGUGGAGCCCUGCUAGAUCCAGUGGAGCCCAGGGAAAAACUUCCUGUGUGAAGCAGAAGCAUCUUUGAAGGAUGGCCAUGGGAUACUGGUAGACAAAACAGCAAGUUUGGGUCCCAUCAACCCAGAGGCCAGUUCACCCUCUUAGAGGAAUGUAAAGCCUGUCGAGAAGGCCAUUUGGGACUAAGGGCUUCCGUCAAGAAUCAACCUGACUGGAGAACCAUCACUUGUUUUCUGGGUCUGGAUUUGUGAGAAUACAGCCAGGAAUGAAUAUGAUAAAGGAGCAAAAGUCUGCAAACGCAGAACAAGAAGAAGGCCCAGGGGAAACUAUCAGGAUCGUUCAUCCUGAAGAUACAGCGGAGCAGCCCAGAUGGAGAGCAUGGCAAAAGGGCAGAGAGGAACCACAGUGGAACGCUCAGUGGCAGGACUUCUUGAGGAGGCUGGAUUCCCCUCAUGUUCGGUGGGAGAAGAACCCUAGUCCCUGGGAAGACACCAAGGCCUUCCUGGCUUCCUUUGAGCAAGUGGCCCAAGCCUGCCAGUGGCCUCGGGACGAGUGGGCGGCCCGCCUCCUGCCGGCGCUGAGCAGAGAAGCCCAGCAGGCCUUUGAAAGCCUGGAGGCUGAAGACAGGGAGGAUUAUGGGAAAGUGAAGGUGGCCAUCUUGCGCAGGGAAGCCAACCGCAUGGAAACGCUGCGCCAGCACUUCCGGCAAUUCCGCUCCCAGGAGGUGGAAGACCCCCGCCGGAUUUACAGCCAGCUUCAGGAGCUUUGCCGGCGUUGGCUGAGGCCGGAGAGGCACUCGAAGGAGCAGAUUCUGGAGCUGCUGAUCCUGGAGCAGUUCCUGGCCAUCCUGCCGCCGGAGCUGCAGAGCUGGAUCAGGGCUGGGGAGCCAGAAACUUGUGCCCAGGCCGUGGCCCUGGUCGAGGAUUUCUUGCUGAGCCAGCAAGAGGCUGAAGCAGAGAAAUGGCAGGAGGUCUGCCUGGAUUCCCUGGAGGCAGAGGAGGAGUCCUCAGACGCUGGGCAGAGAGAGAUCUAUGAGGAUGUUGAACAGAAUGGCAACAAAGAAAGCCAUUUGCCGGGCAAGGGAACCAAAUGCCUGAAUGGCUCCAGUCCAUCGCUUUCGCCUGAAGGACAGGAAGAGGCUGGAAUUGGGCAGAAGGAGGGUCUGAUGAAGGUCCAGGAGGCAGGUGCGGCUGUCCGUGUGAUCGAACAGAACCCAACUGAACUUGGCCCAAGGACCAUGUUUUGGCAAGUCCUGCAGGAAGACGGGGAGAAUGUCGAUUCUUUGGAGGUUUUGGUUCCUAAACCUGACCUCCUUUCCCAUCCAGAAAAAGAGGAUGUGAUGUUUAUCCAGUUUCCGGAGGAAAAAGAGAGACUCACAGGCCGAGGCUCAGGUGGCAGGAAAGAGACUCAACUUAAGGUGAAGAAUUCCCAGCACAGGGAAAGCGAGCCGGAGGAUACAGUGCUGGACUUAACCGAGGAGUUCGAGACGACACCGGCGAUUCAAGAGCGAAGAUACAAAUUCCAAAAGCUGGCAGGGAGAAAGCUUGUGAAGGGAAGGGACAAGGAAUCCAGCAUGUUCACAGGAAUUCAUAUGGCAACCAAUAGCAAAACCCCAGUGCAUCAGAGUCCCAGCAUGCCCUUGGCCUCUAAGUACGGGAGACGAUGCCGCUACAAAUCAGGACUUGUCAUGAUCCGUGAUGGAGAGGACUCUUAUGAAUGCCCUGUGUGGGAGGAAGAUUUUCAGCAAAAUCCUUACCUUUGUAAUGAGCCAAGAAGCCAUCCGGGGACCGAUUACUCUGACGGGUGGAUGAACUUGCACCAAGGAGAGGCGUUGCUCCGACAUCCGAGCGCCUAUCCGGUGGAGAAUGGCUACGAGUGCUCUGAAUGCGGGAAGAACUUAUCUUGCAGAAGGACGCUCAAGGCCCACAAGAGAAUCCACACCGGAGAGAGACCCUACGAAUGUUCUUACUGUGGGAAAUUCUUCAGCCACAGCAUGAAUUUGAAGCGGCACCAGAAACUUCACACGGGCGAGAGCCUAUACGAAUGCCCCGAGUGCGGCAAGACCUUUUACCGGCGCGAUAAAUUCAUUGAGCAUCAGAGGAUUCAUACGGGGGAGAGACCUUACAGGUGUCUUCAGUGCGGAAAAAGCUUUAGCCAUAGGGGGACGCUGGUCAGCCACCAGAGAAUCCACAUUGGGCGUUGACAGAGCUUAGACUGCGAAUGUGGAAUUUUUGUCAGAGACUGAUAGCAAAUCUUAUUGUUAUACACCUGAGAAUCCCACAGGCAAAGAAGCCUGUUUUAAAAAAAAAAACCCUGGGAGCAUCACAUGAACACAUCUAAAA